AUGCGAUCGCUCCAAGAGGAAGUGCGUGAAUGUGUGCAAGUGCUAGAAACACGCACGACAGAAAUAUUUUCUGAGUUAGCUCAGGCAUGCUCUCUUGAACGCACAGGCGAAACAGUAAAUCUACGCCCAUGGGUUCAUGAGAAAAACUUGACUCUGACACAGGCAGAGCUACUCCGACUGGUUGAUGCAGCCGUACAGCACCAAGAAAACCAGAUGCGCCUAACUCCCCUAAUUGAGCGAAUUAAGGAGCGUGAUACGAAGCAGCGGCAAACGAUAAUGCGUGUCUCUGAGCUUCAAACAGAGCUUCUAGCGCUAUUAGAGCGCGGUGAGAGAAAUGCAAAAGAUAUGAAAAAGGCAGAGUCUACACCAAUAUACUACAAUGAUAUACUUGAAUAUGCGCAAAGACUCGCACGUUACACGUCUGCACCGCGUGGUCACAGGUUACAAGAAGCGAGCCAAGUUAAUGAAGCGACAGGUGAUACAAGCAUAGCUGCGGCACAGUCACAAAAGGUAUCGCAAACAAAUUCGAAGGCUUCAGAACAACACCAGCAGCAUCAUAUCGAAUUUGGAAAGUCCGACUAUAAUCAAAACGCGACCCGCGCCAUGUCCUACUACGACCCUGUCAUACCGGAAACGCCACAAGAGCUGCCAUUUCCGAGCGAUCGACUCAUGCGACAAGGCAUUCUCUAUGCUGAUGCUGCCAAGGAAGAUGGCGUCAUGACUGAGCCAACAGAUGCAACAGCGCAGUCGUCGACCAAAGAAGAGCACGAACUUGUGGAAUCGCAAAAACCAGCGGUACCAGCUGUGCCUGUUCUUGACUCAUUUGCCAUGGACACAGAUGACGCGUUUGAUCUGGACCUAAACCCAUAG